AGCAAGAAUGCUGUGAGGCACAGAAAGCCAAAACAGAAAUCUCACAAGGAGUUUCUAUCUAGUCCUGAUGUCGGGGAGCCAGCCACAGGUGGCAAGAGGCGUGCCUUGCUUGCGCUGCAGAGGGCUGUGCACGGGCUUCGAGCCACACUCCUGGAGGAAGAUGUGCAAGUCGUGCAAGUGCAGCCAGGAGGAGCACGGCCUGAGCUCGGAGCUGGACGAUGACCGCAAGAUCGGCCGCCUGCUCGCCGCCUCCAAGUACUCCUCGCUCACCGCCCGGCUCAAGGGCGGCGACGGCGGCCGCAUCUACAAGAGGAACCGCAUGAUCGUCACCAACCCCAACAUCUCGGGCAAGGACCCCACCUUCGACACCAUCACCUACGAGUGGGCUCCCCCGGGGCUCACCCAGAAACUGGCCAUGCAGUACAUGGAGCUGGUCCCCAAGGAGCUGCAGCCCGUGGCGGGCACGGACGGCGCCCUGCACCGGCGGCGGCGGCUGGCACGGCAGCUCCCGCUGCACGACCAGGACCCAGCCCAGUGCCGCGGCCUCGCCGAGGGCGAGCAGCAGCUGAUGGAGGAGUUCGUCAGCAAGUACAAGGCCGAGGCGCUGGGAGUCGGGGAGGUGGCGCUGCCGGCUCUGUACCCAGCUCUCUGUGCUCAGCUCUCCGUGCCCAGCUCUGUACCCAGCUCUGUACCCAGCUCUGUGCCCAGCUCUGUACCCAGCUCUGUACCCAGCUUUCUCUGCUCAGCUCUUUGCUCAGCUCUGUACCCAGCUCUGUGCCCAGCUCAGCUCUGUACCCAGCUCUCUGUGCCCAGCUCUCUGUACCCAGCUCUGUACCCAGCUCAGCUCUGUACCCAGCUCUCCAUGCCCAGCUCUCCAUGCCCAGCUCCGUGCCCAGCUCCGUGCCCAGCUCUCUGUGCCCAGCUCUGCACCCAGCUCAGCUCUGUACCCAGCUCUCCAUGCCCAGCUCUCCAUGCCCAGCUCCGUGCCCAGCUCCAUGCCCAGCCCGGUGACCGCUGCCCUCUCUUGCAGCUCUGUGAGAAGUGCCAGCAGCCGGUGCCCGGGGACUGUCCCGUGGUGUACGCCGACCGUGCCGGUUACUCCCGGCAGUGGCACCCGGCGUGUUUCGUGUGCUGCCGCUGCGCCGAGCCCCUCGUAGACCUCAUCUACUUCUGGAAGAGCGGGGCCACCUGGUGCGGGCGCCACUACUGCGAGAGCCUCCGGCCCCGCUGCGCCGGCUGCGACGAGAUCAUCUUCUCGGAGGACUACCAGCGGGUGGAAGGGCUGGCCUGGCACAAGAAGCACUUUGCCUGCCUGGAGUGUGAGACGCUGCUGACGGGCAAACCCUUCGCCCUGGCCAACUCCAGCCUCCUGUGCACCACCUGCAGCCAGAGCAGGGUCUGAGCCCCUCGGGCUCCCCGAGGUCCCACCAGGACUGGGGGCAUUUGGAAACACAGGAGAAGGGGAAGGUUAAAAAUUUAAGAGUCUGACCAUUCACACACAAGCAGCUCCGUGUCCCCUUGCAUCCAGCACAGCCUGAAGAAGGAAUUUCCCCGGGGUCCUCUGGGAUCUGCCAGGGAGCCCUUGUGCCCACGGGUGGGAGGAGCACGGUGUACCUGGCCAGGAGGAACUGGAAAGGAGGGGCUGGGCUGCACUGGCUUCUAUCAAGUCUGUCCAACCUUCUUAUGACUAAGAUCCUGCAAUAGUCUUUUGGAAAUAACCCAUCUCAACAGUAACUUCUGGCAUACUAAACCUACAGUUGUGGUCAAAAACAAGGGCUGUUUGUGGUUUGUAAAUCUUUCCUGGAAUUAGGCUGACAGGCUGCUGCCACUGUGCCAAGGCAGUGGGCUUGAGGAAUUUGAUCAAUUUGCUGAAAGCAAAUGAUAGAAAAUUGCAGCUACACGUGGCUGGGGCUUUGUCCUGUGCAACGAUGCAAAAGCAAGGAGUGGGCACACAGGGCAAGGGGUUCACCCUGGUGAGAGGGGCAGGGCACGGCUUUGCCUGGUCAGAGACUGACUCAGCCCAUGGAGCUGCCACCUGCAACUGGAAUGGAAAGAAUUUUCUGGAAAACAGCUUUACAGCCUAUGCUGUCUUGGGGGGGCAGAGUGUGUGUGUGUGUGUCCCUGAGAUCCUGCAAUGCCACUUUUUCCCUGCAAUUCUUCAGUGACCCUUCCAAGUACCAAGGAGCUGUUCCUUGCCCUGGGAGCCAGCAGCUCCUUGUCCUGGGCUCUGCCCUGUUCCUUGCCCUGGGCUCUGCCCUGUUCCUUGGGCUCUGCCCUGCUCCUUGCCCUGGGCUCUGCCUGUUCCUUGCCCUGGGCUCUCCCGUUGCCUCUCAGGUCUGGCGCUAUCCCAGGGUCUGGCACUGAGUCCCUGUGGGUCAUAUUUGUUCCCUACAUCAGGUGAUGCUUCUGACACUCCCUGAAAACACCAGGUAGCCCAGGCUGGUGUCUGUGCUCAGUCUGCUCCAUGCUGAGCAUUGACAUCAUUUGCCAGAGAAGUGGAAUAUGUCUUUGUGGGUAACCCUCCCCUGCUUGGGGAGCUCUGGGGGAAAAUGGGAUCCCCUUCCACCCCGGGCAGGGUUAAAAUCCAGCUGUUCCUGCUGCAGAGGAAUGUGGUGAGAGCUUGGGCAAAUGGCAGAGCAGAGGCACAGGGAGAGGAGGGCUUUUGGGGGAGCACUGGGCUGGCCCUCUCCUCUCCCCCAGCCUGGCAGGGACAGGGCUGGGUCAUCCCCAGCACCCUCCCUGCCCUGGUCUCUGACAGGAGCGGGGACAAGUUCACCUUAUGGACAAUGCAAGACUCCAGGAGACCUUGUAGAUUCCUUCCAGAGCCUACAGGGGCUGUGAGAGCUGCACAGGGACUGUGGACAGGGGCUAGUGGCAGCCCACUGCAGCAUGUUCUGAGUUCUGAUUUUGUGAUCUAUAAAUUAUAAUUCACAGAAGUCCCUGUUCCAGCACACACUUACUCACUUCAGGCUUUUGGGACUGCUGGCACCUGCUCAAGCCUUGCAGGUAUUUCUGCAGCUCGUAAAAUACUGUCUGCUAAAGAAAUUUACUGCAAUUAAACAGCUUAACAAAAUCCUGUGCCUCUCCAGUGUCGGGAGCAAAACCGUGAAAUUAAUGCAUCAAACAGCUCAAAACAUAUGGGAGCCUUUAGUGUUGAUAUUAGAACUGAAAUUCAGGGCAGGCAUGAGAUGAUCCUGCCCCCAGCAAGGACAGAUUUGAACUUGUGGGGCUGCAAAGGACAAAACCCUUCAUGUCCUGUCCAUGGCCAGAGCACAGGGAGUUUGUGCCUCCUGUCUGAGCACCCAGCUCCAAUUUAAACUCAAGCUUUCUGCAUAGUUGUUUUAAAUAUGACUGACAAUACAUUUAAAUGUUCCUAAA